AUGGCUAUAUCAGAAGAGACUGCUCGGAACGAGCUGGGUGAACUCUUUCACGAAGCCGUCACUACUCAUCCGGACGUCAUGGCAGAAUGUCUUUCCAUACUUCGACUCUACAAUCUCACUCCUUCAACUUUGUAUUACAAAUACGAAGCCUUUCUUCUUUCUCGUCCUUCAGGUCUACGGGCAAGAUUAUCGAUCCUUAGCCUUGAUACGAUCCGCGAACUUCGUAAAGAGAUACAAAGAGAACAACAGGCAAAAGCUAUUGCUAAUAUGUCACCGGCGCAGAAUGAGAAUACACCUGUGGUAGGAGUCGGGGUUAGGAAAGCUAAGGGUAAUAUGAGUGAUUUAGGGGGAUUCUUGGACGGUUUGACGACACCAUCACGACCCAUGAAAAAUAAGUCCAGUAAUGGAAUUGCCAGAUUGUCAAAUACUUCCAACAACGCCAAUGUCCCCUCUCCUUUAUCCAAUGACAGCUAUCUAACACCAUCACGACAAUUCGCCACCCCGACUACAGCCAGUAGUUAUCGUCCUGGUCCAUCCAAACUCUCUGACACUCAUCUAUCCACUCCUGUGGGUAAAUCCGGCGAAAGUUCCCGUCCUUCAAGUCCUCUCAGUGGUAACGAAUCUUCCCUUCUUACUCCCCAACCUAAUCAACCUUUCUCACAACGAUCUCAACCUAAUUCUUUGGUGGAGACUCUCAACCCUCACUUGUCUUCUGCUUUAGGAUACCCGCUAGGCACAACGAAAUAUCGGGUUGGUCUUAGCACCUCGGAAGAUGUCAAAGAUUGGGGUUAUCGGUACAUGUUCGAAAAGAUCUCACAACGGUCCGAAGCUUUGGACGACAUGAUUGAUGAUUUUGCGGAUAUCAUCAAAGACUCUUAUGGAAUUACUGAACUUGGAGAUCCACAUUUCGCUUCCGAAGAAGAUAUAUAUGCGGUUGGCAGGAUUCUCAGUCCUCCAACCGACUCGAGUAAGGUAUCUACACAAGCUUUGUAUCUCGAGUCCAGUCGAUUAUUGGGGAGCGGGAGAAGAGUACAGUUACGUUUUUCUCCGGGUAUCAAAGUCCGAGGUGGGGCGGCUGGAGUGAAGAGUUUUGGUUUGUUUCCUGGUUGUUUGAUUUGUGUGAAGGGACGAAAUGGUGGAGGUGGGGUAUUUGUCGCUGAUGAAGUCCUGUUGCCACCUCCAAGUCCGAUGCACCUCACGACAGUACCCGAUCUUUUGGCUAUGCAACAUGGUGACAAGCUAGCUGGUCAGCCCAUAUUCAUAAUGACAGCUGCUGGACCAUUCACGCUGGAUGAUGAUCUGUUGUAUCAUCCUCUGGAAGCUCUGGUGGAGGUGGUCAUCGCCGAACGUCCAGAUGUUCUCGUCCUCCUCGGUCCAUUUGUCGAUGCCAAUCACCCGUUCAUCGCCAACGGUGCCGUCUUGCAAACUUCGGAGGAGAUCUUCAAGGAUCAAGUCGGUAGUCGGUUACAGAGGAUCAUAGAGGGAUCACCGGGAACUAUGAUCAUCCUUUCUCCCAGUGUGAGAGAUACAGUGAGCAAACAUAUGGCUUUCCCGCAGGCUAUGUUAGAUAAGGAGCUAUUGGGUAUUCCGAAGCGCGUACGAACCAUUCCCAACCCAUGCACAUUCAGCAUCAACGAAAUCACAAUUUCACUAUCAUCCGUCGACGUUUUGUUCCAUUUACGUAGAGAAGAAUUAGUUCAACGUGCAGAAGAAGCCGAACCUGAUUCAGAACUAAAGGGACAAGAGGUGAAAGAUCCCAUGGCAGGAUUAGUACGACAUGUUUUAGGACAAAGAACUUUUUAUCCUAUUUUCCCACCUCCUGAAGUACACGCCACCGAGGUGAAUUUAGACGUUACGCAUCAUGUCUUAUUGAAGAUGUCAUCAGCGCCGGAUGUCUUGAUUUUACCUAGCAAAUUGAGACAUUUCUCCAAGAUCGUAGACUCAACACUCGUCAUUAACCCCUCUCAUCUCUCUCGUCCACAUACAGGAGGGACGUUCGCUAAACUCGUCGUUCAUCCUCUUCCUCGAGCAGAGUUAGAGAGGGAUAUGGCUAUAGAUGGUGGAUUGGAAGAAAUGAGAGAACACAAUGUAUGGGAACGCGCACGGAGUGAGAUCUGGAGAAUUUGA